GAAGAAGAAAAUAACACAUAUCACCGAGUUGAAGUUUAAAGAAUAACAGGCUGUUUGCUAAUUUGCUUCAUUUUGUAAAAUUUGUUAUUUAGAAAUAAGCAAGCGAAUAUAAAGCAAUGACAACAUCUGAACAGAUCGGUCUAAACAAGACAUGGGAGCUUUCCCUGUACGAGCUUCAUAGGACCCCCCAAGAAGUGAUUACGGAUAAUACCGAAAUUGCAGUGUCUCCAAGGAGCUUGCAUAGUGAACUUAUGUGCCCCAUUUGCCUUGAUAUGCUUAAAAAGACAAUGACUACUAAGGAAUGCCUACACAGGUUUUGUUCCGARUGCAUUAUAACUGCAUUGAGAUCAGGAAACAAGGAAUGUCCAACAUGCAGAAAGAAACUGGUUUCGAAAAGAUCUUUAAGAGCAGAUCCUAACUUUGAUUUGCUUAUCGCAAAGAUCUAUCCAAGUAGAGAUGAAUACGAAGCACAUCAAGAAAAAGUGAUGGCCAAAUUAAAUGAGUUUCACUCAAGAGAAGCUUUUGUACAAUCAAUUAACGAAGGAAUUAAGCUUCAAUCGCAAAAUAGGGCUCCACGCGGACGGAAGCCUAACGAAACCGUUACCAGUGAGCCACAAGUAGAGACUGGAACUGCAGCUGGAACUACUGAAAAUGUGAACAACAAUCAAACGCCUAGCGUCCCAGUGGCAAAUGCAAACCCACCCAAUACAACAGCUAGCACAGGCCAAAAUGCCACACCAAACAGCCCAGCCCCAUCUGGCCGAAGUACUCCUUGCGACCCUCCUAGUCCAGUUUCAUCAAGUGUGAGUUCGCUCAAAAG